GAUACCUUUUUUCCCGCAAUCGAUAGUUCCGCAGCUGCUGUGUUGGGCCGGCAAAUUGUUUUACUUGCUAAAUUGUUUAAUAAUGAUUUUCAAGUGCGCCUGAAUCCAAACCCUUUUAAUUCAACGCCAACCGGAUUUAUAGCCACAAUGUUUUCGAUGUGCAAGCAGACGCACGCCGCUACGGCGCUGGAGUUUUCGAUAGCGUGCCGCUUCUUCAACAACUUGGAGGAGAACCUGGUGGUGGCAGGCGCCAAUGUGUUGAAAGUGUACCGCAUAGCGCCCAACGUGGAGGCGGGCCAACGACAAAAGCUGAAUCCCAGCGAGAUGCGAUUGGCGCCCAAGAUGAGGCUGGAAUGCUUGGCCACCUACACCCUGUACGGCAACGUGAUGUCGUUGCAGUGUGUCUCUUUGGCGGGAGCCAUGAGGGAUGCGCUGCUGAUCAGUUUCAAGGACGCAAAGCUCUCUGUUCUGCAGCACGACCCAGAUACGUUUGCCCUGAAAACCUUGUCACUUCACUACUUCGAGGAGGACGACAUACGUGGCGGUUGGACAGGACGCUAUUUCGUGCCCACCGUUCGCGUUGAUCCCGAUUCAAGGUGCGCAGUUAUGUUGGUCUACGGCAAACGGCUAGUGGUCCUGCCCUUCCGAAAGGAUAACAGCCUGGACGAGAUUGAACUGGCGGAUGUGAAGCCUAUCAAGAAGGCACCGACGGCCAUGGUCAGUAGAACGCCCAUUAUGGCCUCGUAUCUUAUAGCAUUGCGAGAUCUCGACGAAAAGAUCGACAAUGUUUUGGACAUUCAGUUCCUGCAUGGAUACUACGAACCUACGCUGCUCAUUCUCUAUGAACCGGUGCGCACCUGCCCGGGAAGGAUCAAGGUGCGAUCCGAUACUUGCGUUCUGGUGGCCAUUUCAUUGAACAUCCAACAGCGAGUGCAUCCGAUUAUUUGGACGGUAAACAGUCUGCCGUUUGACUGCUUGCAGGUUUAUCCCAUCCAGAAACCCGUUGGCGGCUGUUUGGUAAUGACCGUUAAUGCAGUUAUCUAUCUUAACCAGAGUGUUCCCCCAUACGGCGUUAGUUUAAACAGUUCGGCGGACAACAGUACCGCGUUUCCGUUGAAGCCACAGGAUGGAGUACGAAUCAGUUUAGACUGUGCAAACUUUGCUUUUAUUGAUGUAGACAAACUAGUUAUCUCACUACGCACUGGAGACCUUUACGUGCUCACACUGUGUGUUGACUCUAUGAGGACUGUUAGGAAUUUCCACUUCCACAAAGCAGCCGCAAGUGUGCUAACCAGUUGCAUUUGUGUUCUGCACUCUGAAUACAUUUUCCUGGGAUCGCGGCUUGGUAACUCAUUGCUGCUGCACUUCACAGAAGAAGAUCAGAGCACGGUCAUUACGCUGGAUGAUGUGGAUCAACAGGCGGAGCAGCAUCAGCGAAACUUGACGGAGGAGGAACAGAAUCUGGAGGAGAUUUUUGAUGUAGAUCAAAUGGAAAUGGCCCCCACACAAGCAAAAUCCAGGCGCAUUGAAGACGAAGAACUAGAGGUGUAUGGCAUGGGUGCUAAGGCUUCAGUUCUUCAGCUUCGCAAGUUUAUUUUUGAGGUGUGCGACAGUCUCAUCAACGUGGCUCCCAUCAACUACAUGUGCGCCGGAGAAAGAGUCGAAUUCGAAGAAGAUGGAGUCACAUUGCGACCGCAUGCAGAAUCUCUGCAGGACUUGAAAAUCGAACUGGUUGCAGCCACGGGACAUAGCAAAAACGGAGCUCUUUCCGUGUUCGUCAACUGCAUAAAUCCGCAGAUCAUUACAAGCUUUGAGUUAGACGGCUGCCUCGAUGUGUGGACCGUUUUUGAUGAUGCUACCAAAAAGUCUUCUCGGCACGAUCAGCAUGAUUUCAUGUUGCUUUCACAAAAAAACUCUACUUUGGUUUUGCAAACAGGGCAGGAAAUUAAUGAAAUCGAGAACACGGGCUUUACAGUCAAUCAACCGACCAUAUAUGUUGGUAAUCUUGGCCAGCAAAGGUUCAUUGUUCAGGUUACCACUCGUCACGUCAGAUUACUGCAGGGAACUCGUCUUAUCCAAAAUGUGCCCAUUGAUGUUGGUUCCCCAGUGGUGCAGGUAUCCAUAGCUGAUCCUUAUGUUUGCCUGCGAGUAUUGAACGGUCAGGUGAUCACUUUGGCACUGCGAGAGACGCGUGGUACUCCCCGCUUGGCCAUCAACAAGCACACCAUAAGCAGUUCACCCGCCGUGGUUGCCAUCUCCGCCUACAAAGAUCUGUCAGGAUUAUUCACCGUCAAAGGAGACGAUGUCAAUCUGACGGGAAGCUCAAACAGUGGAUUUGGGCACACUUUCGGCGGUUACAUGAAAGCUGAGCCCAACAUGAAGGUGGAGGACGAAGAAGACCUGCUGUACGGCGAUGCCGGAAGUGCAUUCAAGAUGAACAGCAUGGCCGAAUUGGCAAAGCAAUCCAAACAGAAAAACUCCGACUGGUGGCGACGUCUUCUCGUGCAAGCAAAGCCAAGCUAUUGGCUGGUGGUGGCCCGUCAGAGUGGCACCUUGGAGAUCUACUCCAUGCCGGACAUGAAGUUGGUGUAUCUCGUAAACGACGUGGGCAACGGAGCUAUGGUUCUUACGGACGCCAUGGAAUUUGUGCCCAUCUCGCUGACCACUCAGGAGAACUCUAAGGCGGGCAUUGUCCAGGCUUGCAUGCCGCAGCAUGCGAAUUCUCCACUGCCACUUGAGUUGAGCGUCAUUGGAUUGGGACUAAACGGAGAGCGUCCUUUGUUACUAGUGAGAACCCGAGUAGAGCUGCUGAUAUACCAGGUAUUCCGGUAUCCCAAGGGGCAUUUGAAGAUCCGCUUCCGCAAGCUAGAGCAACUUAAUCUGCUGGACCAACAGCCGUCUCACAUUGAGUUGGACGAGAACGAUGAGCAGGAGGAGAUUCAAUCCUAUCAAAUGCAACCGAAGUAUGUCCAGAAACUCCGGCCAUUUGCAAAUGUAGGAGGACUUUCGGGCAUUAUGGUGUGUGGAGUUAAUCCGUGCUUCGUUUUCCUAACCUCACGAGGAGAACUGCGCAUCCAUCGACUCCUGGGAAAUGGCGAUGUGCGCAGCUUUGCCGCCUUUAACAAUGUGAAUAUACCCAACGGCUUCUUGUACUUCGACACCACCUUUGAGCUUAAGAUAUCAGUGCUGCCCAGCUACCUAAGUUACGAUUCUGCGUGGCCGGUGAGAAAGGUUCCGCUGAGAUGCACACCAAGACAGCUGGUUUACCAUCGCGAGAAUCGGGUGUACUGUCUGAUCACCCAAACGGAGGAGCCGAUGACCAAGUACUAUCGGUUCAACGGGGAGGAUAAGGAGUUAUCCGAGGAAACCCGCGGAGAGAGGUUUAUCUAUCCGAUCGGCUCGCAGUUCGAAAUGGUUUUAAUAUCACCCGAAACCUGGGAAAUCGUUCCGGAUGCAUCCAUAAGCUUUGAGCCCUGGGAACAUGUUACCGCCUUCAAGAUCGUAAAGUUGUCGUACGAGGGCACAAGGUCAGGUCUGAAGGAGUACCUUUGCAUUGGAACAAACUUCAACUACAGCGAGGACAUCACCAGCAGAGGAAACAUUCAUAUCUACGACAUUAUCGAAGUGGUUCCCGAGCCCGGAAAACCCAUGACCAAGUUUAAGUUAAAGGAAAUUUUCAAGAAGGAGCAGAAGGGACCCGUGUCUGCCAUUUCAGAUGUGCUCGGAUUCCUGGUUACCGGACUGGGCCAAAAGAUCUACAUUUGGCAGCUGCGAGAUGGGGAUCUCAUUGGUGUUGCUUUCAUAGAUACCAAUAUCUAUGUCCACCAGAUUAUCACUGUGAAAUCUUUGAUAUUUAUCGCCGAUGUUUACAAGUCCAUAAGCUUGCUGCGCUUCCAGGAGGAGUACCGAACUUUGUCGCUGGCAUCGCGAGAUUUUAAUCCCCUCGAGGUUUAUGGCAUUGAAUUCAUGGUGGACAACUCGAACCUGGGUUUCCUGGUGACCGAUGCGGAACGCAAUAUAAUUGUCUACAUGUAUCAGCCAGAGGCCAGGGAAUCGCUUGGUGGCCAGAAACUGCUCCGCAAGGCGGAUUAUCAUCUGGGACAGGUGGUGAACACAAUGUUCCGCGUGCAGUGUCAUCAAAAGGGACUGCACCAGCGGCAACCGUUCCUGUACGAAAACAAACACUUCGUUGUUUAUGGAACGCUAGAUGGUGCUCUCGGCUAUUGCCUGCCACUUCCCGAAAAAGUGUACAGAAGAUUCCUCAUGUUGCAAAACGUCCUCCUCUCCUAUCAGGAUCACCUGUGUGGCCUGAAUCCCAAGGAGUUCCGUACUCUCAAGUCUGCCAAGAAGCAGGGCAUCAAUCCCUCGCGCUGUAUCAUCGACGGAGAUUUAAUUUGGUCAUACCGCUUGAUGGCCAAUUCGGAGCGGAACGAAGUUGCCAAGAAGAUCGGCACACGGACGGAGGAGAUCCUGGCCGAUCUGCUGGAGAUCGAAAGACUGGCCAGCGUUUUCUAGACAUCCACUCUCGUCAAAGAUGUAAAGUUUUAGUUGGUAGCUCUAUUUGUAGUUUAUGUUACGAGUAUCUCAGUUGUAAUUCUAGUUUUGUAAUACAAUCAAAGCCACAACAAAGUAUUUUGUUAAGCAAA